AUUUUCAGAGAAAGGAAAUGGGAAAGAAACAGAAGUCGAUGAAACGGAAAGAAUUUGACGUUGGUGAGGCUCAGGCUGCAGGUGACUACUCCAUCAAACCUUCUGAAAAAGCAGCUGUGCUAGAUACUUCACAAUGGCCGUUGUUGUUGAAGAAUUUCGAUAAAAUGAAUGUACGAUCUAAUCAUUAUACUCCACUUCCGGAAGGCUGCUCUCCGCUUAAAAGAGAUAUUAAAAACUACGUCUCUUCCGGUUGCAUAAAUCUCGACAAGCCAGCUAAUCCGUCAAGUCAUGAAGUGGUUGCGUGGAUCAAACGAAUAUUGCGAGUUGACAAAACCGGACAUAGUGGCACUUUAGAUCCCAAAGUGUCGGGCUGUUUGAUUGUUUGCAUCGAUCGAGCUACUAGACUUGCAAAGUCACAGCAGGGUGCUGGUAAGGAAUAUGUAGCUAUAUUUCGAUUGCAUAAUACUGUUGAGUCAGAAAAAAAAGUGAGACAGGCUUUGGAGAAGUUGACCGGCGCAUUAUUUCAACGUCCGCCGCUCAUAUCUGCUGUUAAACGACAACUAAGGAUCAGGACAAUCUACGAAAACAGGCUGAUUGAGUAUAAUUCGAAUCAGAAUAUGGGCAUAUUUUGGGUGAAAUGCGAAGCGGGAACCUAUGUGCGGACAAUUUGUGUGCAUCUCGGCUUACUUUUGGGCGUCGGAGGUCAGAUGCAAGAACUAAGAAGAGUUCGUUCAGGUAUUUUUGGUGAAAAGGACAAUUUAAUGACGAUGCAUGAUAUUCUGGAUGCGCAAUAUCUUUAUGAUCAUCAUAAUAACGAUAGUUAUUUGCGAAGAGUGAUCCGACCACUUGAAUCUCUCCUCGUGGGCCAUAAACGAAUCGUUGUUAAAGACAGUGCCGUGAAUGCAAUUUGCUAUGGCGCCAAAAUACUUCUGCCGGGUAUCCUUCGGUUUGAAAAUGGAAUCGAAUUGAAUGAAGAAAUUGUUAUCGUAACAACAAAAGGAGAAGCCAUUUGUUUAGCAUUGGCACUUAUGACCACAUCAACUAUGGCAGUGACGGAUCAUGGGGUCGUUGCAAAAAUCAAAAGAGUGAUUAUGGAAAGAGAUACUUACGCUCGAAAAUGGUGUCUUGGACCAAUUGCAUCCAAGAAAAAGGCUAUGAUAAAUCAAGGAUUGCUCGAUAAAUAUGGUAAACCAAAUGAGAAAACUCCAGCUGGUUGGCGUUCCGCUUAUUACGAUCUUAGUGACACCAUUUCGGGUAACAGUUGUAUACAAACAUUACUGGAAGGAGAGAAAAAGGAUGAUAAAAACGAGCAAUCAAAAGCGAAAGAAAGGAAAGAAGUAGAAUCGUCAGAUUCAUCAAGUGAUGAAGAAAGCGAGUAAAUUGUAGAAAUUCAUUAAUUCAUUGUUGAUUUCUCUUCGUUUCAAAAUUUGCAACAACUUCUCAACUAAGGGCAUUUAGUAAUUACAAUAAAGAUGAGAAUGUCACCAUAGACGCUUUGGUUUUUCUGCAUAAGUUUGUUUUGGACGAAACAAGGGAAGGACGUAAAAACCACGUAAAAAUCGUGAUUCAUAUCGUACGUAAUCUAACAUCGAAUCAGUAUCAGAUUACAUAUGCAUUAUUCAUAAAGCGAUAGAAAUGGGAUAUUCGUUCGUCAUUCUAUUCAAUGUACAUCUUAGGAAAUCUGCUUUGGUGCUGUUGCUUUCUAGUUUUUCCAGGAUGAAAGUUUCGCAUCAUGAAUCCCAGAGCCUUUAUUGAUUUCCUUCAGAAAAUGUCCACAACUGUUAUGUCCUAUGCAAAGUUUUCUCUUGUUUGUUGUCAGGAAUUGUUGUCUAUAAAAAUAUAAAAGUUGUGUG